GCCAUCGAGGGCAUUCGGAAGGCCGCACGGGCUCGAGGGGAGUGGAGCGCAUUGCGAAGCACGAUGCUGCAGGAUGGUGCACGGUGAGACCUUCUCUGAGUGCUUUCUCCGACUUGCAAGAGGCGCGAUGAACUCCAUCCGCGCCAGUAGUCAGGCACCGAGGCGCGAAUGAUCGAGAUACGGUGGCUUAUGGGUCGGCAGCAACGCGUCCUCAGAAGAACUGGCGCCUCACAGCAUGGCCCACACUUGGCGGCCAGGUGUGCCAUCUCCUCUUGCUCUGCAACGCACCAACAUCACCUCUCAUCAUCGAGAUGUGCGAUGCGUGUCCGCUCGUCGCAUCCCGCUCAUCGACGAGCCAGUAGCUGCGCUUCACCACGUUCAGCUGGCAUCCAGGCGCUCUGAGGCUUGCGUCUUCGCCGGCACACAUCCCAAAUCCUUCAGUCUUCUCGCGCGAAUACAAGGGUUCACCUCCCAAGGCAGCCUAAGCAGACAUGGCGGCAGCAACUCUGUCACGGUGCAAGGGGCGAGGCAACAGAGAACUGAAGCAGCGGAUAGUGCUAGAGCGUGCGGCUCAUCAAGUAUCGCCAUCACCUUUCACAAGGCCGCCGCACCUCCUAUGACCAGCGCCUUUUCGCAGUUUCCGUACCAUCGCCAGGCCGUAACGACUCCCGGCUUGCGGCAUGAGGAGGAUACACCGCACUCUGCACGGCAAAGGCGCCACACUGCCAGCAUCUCGGAUCCGUCGCGUGUAUGCUCGUUUCGGGCUGCGCAUACGCUCAGAUGUCCCUUCGGUGCUACCUAUCUCUGCAUCGCUUCGCCCUGAGCGCAUUCGAGCUGGCGAGCGUUCCGCUUCCAAUACUCUUCUAUCAGGGACAAGCUCCAAUCGACGCGCACAACUUCAGCGCUGCCUUUUGCGUCAAAAGAUGAUGGAAUUGUCCCCAAUGACAAAUCCUUUUGGCAUGCUGAGCUUGCACCUCAGCGUGCAGACCGCGCAGAACUGUGCUACAUAGCCUCGCUGGAUCUUUCGACGCUACUUUCCUUAAGAGAAUGCGGUGUCGGGUCGCCAGGAGAAUGAUUGGAGCUGCGCACCGCUG